AAAAGAGAGAGAGAAACAGACUCAAGAGUGAGAAAAUGAGAGAUAUAUAGAAAUAAGGAGGGAGCGCUUAGAGCAAAUGUACCGCAGAGUUUUAAAUACGCACAAAUGAGGGAUUCACAGCUCCGGCUUGUCAAUAUUUUUAAUAUAGAAUUUUUAAUAUUUAUUAAUAUAGAGAUUUUUAUUUACUCAAAAAGCUUACUAAGCUUUCAACAUAUUGCUUAAGAAAUCCGUUUGAUUUCUUCUGUUGUGAAAGUAGUAGAUUUAAUCAAUCGUUAUCUAUUGUGAAUGGCACACGAGGAAGAACAAAUAUUCCAUCAAAUGAAAUAAACGAUUUUUUCCAUUUUCCCGGUUUGGCUUUGAAAAAAUGUUUAAAUUAAUUGGAGAUCUUAAUAUUUAAGAUGAGUGAGUUAAAAGAAGAAUGAUAAAAUUUAUGUGACACCCACAGUUUUCGUCAUGCGACGGAAACUUUCAUUUAAAGCUGUUCGCGUUAACUGAGAUUUCGGAAAUGAGUGAACAACUUAUUAAUUGUAAAGUUAAACUAAUUGCCAGAAGAUCAAUUUUUGGCAAAUUUUCACUUUUCCAGCUGCCUUAAAAUAAGUUUCGCCUUCAUAGUUCCCGGUUACAUUUCCUGAGUUCCUUCUCGGCGUUCCUGAUACUUACUUGGCAUCCGCGCUCUGUCUACAAACCAAGACCAGCAAAACAAUGACAAUGAUCACUUUCAGCAGCUAACAGUAUAACAAAAUGAAAAUUGAAAGUUAACAGUUUUUUAUGUACGAAAAUUUCAUGCGUUCCUCACCAUACGUCUACGACUCAUAUUCAUGCCGUUUAUAAAAUAAAAAUCAAAUUGGAACACUUUUCCUUCUUUGGAGAACAGAAAGAUUAUUUAAUGUGAAUUUUAUUGAUGGACGUAUGUACGCACGCUUUGCUUUAAGUCUUCUAAAUGAGUGUUGGCCCAGUUGGCAAAAGACUUUUAUAACAUGCAAACCGCUGAAGGCGCAUAACGAAGAUGGUGGACAAGGCAGCGAAGUAGAGCGUGUGGACGAAGAGCGCUCAAACUAAAGUGGAACGGCAGAAAACAUGGAAUUUGGGAAAAUAAUAAUGGGAUUCCGAAAAGAACGCGCCUUCUUACACCUCACAUUCAUUUUCUGUUGCCUACAAAACGCAAGCGCCAUAAUAAAUCGGCCACCCACGGAGGGCAGCACGCUGAGUGUGAGUAAACAGCUUGGCAGUAGUUAUCUCAAUCAACAGCGUCCACUUUGGAUAUUGGAGGAUCAAGUACCCCAGCGAGAUUACGCUGAGUUGUUGUACACAACGGAGAAUCCGUACAAUUAUCGGCGUACACAAGCAAUGCCGCAACAAAAAAUGGACCAACAGUCGCAGCAACAAAGUACCGUCGAGAAAAGACAAUUCAAUCAGCCAAAACUAUUUGCACAGCAACCAUCAAAAUACCGUCAGCAACAGCCAGUGCUGGGAAUAUACUCCAAUCGUCGCCAAACACAGCAAUACGCACAGCCCGCACGCAUCUACAAGCACUUGCCGCGUGUGAAGCUCCCACGCCGCUACCUUCCGCUGCAACGCGUGCAGUUCCAACAGCGUACACGCAAUCCAGCGCUGGCACGCAAGCAACCACGCUUCAUCGCCCACAACAGUGAUGUAGUGCCAACCGCACGUCGUCACGAGCAGUACAUACCACACCUCAGUUUGCCCACAUUCGAUAGCCUGCCGGGUGAUGAAAACGAGCGCUCGGCGCCGGUCUUCAUUUAUACUGGACCGAAAGGCGAACUCAUUUUGAAUACCAUGUUGACAGCGGCGCAGUAUCCGAUGCAAGAGCCGGUGCCGGGUCAGGUGCUGUACCCACCCAGCGUGCCGGUGUUUCGACCUAAACCCAUUGUGGAGCGUUUUCGUAUGCCGGGUAGCGCUCAAACGCUUAAUCUCACACUAAUACCCUUCUACGAGCAUGAAGCCAUUGAUAUACGUCAGGCGUCGCGCAUGUUGGAUCACGAGCAAGCACUAGGACGCGAGGUGAGCACUACAACUCCACCUACAGUGAUGUAUGCUGCGCCUGCGCCAGCUAUGCCAUCCGUAGCGGACUCAUCCACCGGAGAAUCUGCGCCAUCGGCGAAAAAGUUGCGUUUCAAAAAAGCCAAACACUACUCGGCCUAUCAUUCGCCCAACGAAGUGCAAUGGUCACCAAUGAUGUCAGACCAACUGCAACUCAUGACAGCCUCGACAACAACGCCAUUCCCGCAGACAGCUCCCAGCCCACCACAAAAUCAUCGCUACACAACGGAUGUGGGGGCGACGUCAACGACAGCGCCCUCGCUGAGCAACUACAAAAUCACCUACGAAUCAGAAACGGAUAGUGUGGAAGAGGGUGAUAUGGAAUUGCUGGUGAAUAGUGAUCCACUGCAAAUUGUGUACAUGGAUGAUAGUUUGGAAAAACCUACUGCCCCGACAAAACCGCCAAUGAUGAGCUCACGUUACUCGCUGUCCAAGGAGUAUUACGCCUUUCCGGUAUUUACUUUGGGUAAGCUUUUGAAGCCGGAUACGGAGGGCACGGAAAAGCCGUUGCCCGCUUUUAUGGUUCAAAACACGAUUGACAGUCCGCUGAGUAAGAGUGAGCAGCACGCGGAAGCGUCGAAUGCGGUGCCUGAGCACGCAGCAAGUGCUAAUGUGAGUGCGGAAGUGCAAGGGGAUGACGAAGAUGACUUGGAUGAUGUGGAAACGUGGUUCAUAUUGAAUUCCAGAUAUAAAGGGCAGCAUCACACAAACAACAACGAAUAUCGUCUUUCUUCGAAAUAUAUACACACGACAGACGUGCGAGAGCUGGAUGAAUGAAAGCUGAGUGACUGUAGAAAGCUUUGGCUUACAACUUUUUUAUAUCAUAAGUACCGCGAAGCUAAUAGCAUUAAUUUGUA